GUGUCGUGCCAUGCAGUAGCCGCUGCAGGCGGAGUACAGUCGCAGGCAUGGCGUAAUGGCCUUGAUACGCGCCCACUGCCUUUGGCAGCAGGGCUGGCGUCUUCGUCUCUGCGCCCAUACUAGGUAGCCGUUACGGAUGAUUCGUACGGCUCUCCAAUGUCGCCUACGACCAUCGUCAGUCUCGUCGUCUCGCUCGUCUCCUCAUCUUACAGGCACUGGUCGCCAUCGCUCGUCUCGAACCUAGCAGACAUGACAGAAACCGUAAUAGGAAUUGCGAGGCAAAUUAAUGGCCAUGUGCUUUCGUCGGGUGGUGGCGUAUCCACCACUGCCUGUGCUUGGCUGGCUUCCCCAGCAACAACAGCCCCGGGUUCCGGGUGUAUGACACCUAGCAACCUCUCUCCAUCGGACACAUUACCGUAUAAAAUCCUUCAAUGAGACUGAAGAGAUGUUCCGUCGUGUUUGCACACUCAAUCAAUUUCUCUGAGCCGCUG